GGGGCUGCGUGAUGCGGUACCCUUGGCUUGCUGUCGCCUGAACGGACUCGCGCCAGAUAUUAUUCCCCGUCGUAGCAUUAUAUAAACCUGCACAGAUGCCUUCGACUGCGAGGACUCAAGGGAAAUAUUCUGACUCCGGGAUUCUCUCUUGUGUAGAGAAAGCCCCUGCCAGCCCCUUGUAUUGAAGCAUACAUAUACGACGGCUGAACAAAUAAAACCGAAUUCUCCGAGGGAAAAGCACUUCUCCUCAGAGGAGAUCCAACAUCAUGCUUCCGAAGAUAGGCGUUUUCGCGCCCUUACUGGCAGCAAUUGCGUUCGCGAACCCUUUUGGUCAUAGUCAGGUAUAUGUUGCUCCAAGGCAAGUCUGGAAUAACGCUACGAAGUACGAGGUCAAGACUCCUCCUUUGACCACCAACUGGACAUACACGAUCGGGACCGAUCCGUGGCAGGAAUAUCCGCGCCCGCAGCUGGAACGCUCCCAGUGGAAGAGCCUCAAUGGGAUCUGGAAAUACGAAAAUGCUUCCAGCCCAGACGCCGUAAACUCACCACCGACUGAUCUCGACAAUGGUAGCGAGGUCAUGAUUCCGUCGUGCCUCGAGAGCGGGCUGUCUGGUAUUCAGAGCAACACUAGCUUCGCGUCCUGGUUCCUAACCAAUUUCGACGUGCCUUCAGACUGGAGCGGUGAGAAGGUAUUGCUCAACUUUGGAGCGGUGGACUAUGAAGCGACUGUGUUCAUCGAUGGCAAGCAAGCUGGCUUUCAUCGCGGAGGCUACUUUGCGUUCACGAUUGAUAUCACACCAUAUCUCAGCAAUAACGGUUCCUUUGCUACCCGACAGAACGGGGCCCAUGAACUGCUUGUAUUUGUGCAUGAUCCCACCGAUACUGCUAUCAUUCCGGUCGGAAAACAGACUACGUCGCCGUCUCACAUCUUUUACACUCCCUGCAGUGGUAUCUGGCAGCAGGUCUGGAUCGAAUCCGCCCCUGCGACCUGGGUGUCGCGCUUCGAUGUUGCAGCUGGCAUGGACGGCAAAGUCGACGUAAAUGUCAUCAGCAUCCCCGAGGGAAGCGCUGAAGCCGUCGAGGUCGAAGUCAAGGACAAGGGCUCCGGCAAAGUCGUGGGCACUGGAAGCGGUACCUCAAACACCCCGUUCUCCUUCACCGUCAGCAGCCCAAACCUAUGGUCGCCCAGCACACCCACACUCUACGACAUCACUCUCAAGAUGGGCAACGACGAGAUUAGCAGCUACACUGGAUUUCGUACAAUCGAAAAGGGCGAAGUCAACGGCGUCCAGCGGCCCUUGCUGAACGGCAAAUUCGAAUUCCUCUUCGCCACCCUCGACCAAGGAUACUGGCCCGACGGCAUCUACACACCUCCCAACCGCGAAGCCAUGAUCUUCGACCUCCAAACCCUCAAAGACCUCGGCUUCAACGCCGUGCGCAAACACAUCAAGAUCGAAACCGCCCUCUUCUACCAAGCCUGCGACGCGCUCGGCCUCAUGGUCAUCCAAGACAUGCCCUCCCUCCCCCCAAAAGGCGACUCCUUCCUCCCCAACCCGGACCAGCAAUCCGAAUGGGAGCGCCAACUCGUCCUCAUGAUCAACCAGCAGAAAUCCUUCCCCUCCAUCGUCACCUGGGUCAUUUACAACGAGGGCUGGGGCCAGCUCUACGCCACCACAAACCCCGAAUUCAACCUCACAUCCGUCAUCCGCACCCUCGAUCCCACCCGCCUCAUCGACAGCACCUCCGGCUGGCGCGACCACGGCGCGGGCGACUUCCACGACAACCACCACUACGCCGCCCCGCAAUGCGGCACGCCCUUCUACUCCAUCCUCAGCACGCCCUUCGACCCCUCGCGCAUCGGCUUCCAGGGCGAGUUCGGCGGGCUCGGCCACAACGUCUCCGCUGACCAUCUCUGGCUCGUCCCGCAGGCUGUCAACUCCAUCAACCAGACGUACGAGAUCAGUGCGGACCUGAAGACGUAUAAUUAUCGCGCGCAUCGCUUGCUGGAUGAGCUGCGUGAGCAGACUGAGCUGUUUGCUUGCUCGGGCGCGGUGUAUACCCAGACUACGGAUGUGGAGGGCGAGGUUAAUGGCUUGUUGACGUAUGAUCGGCGGGUGCUGAGGCCGGAUGUGGAGAUGUGGAAGAAGGAUAUUGGGGCGCUGUAUGAUGCGGCGGCGGGGCGUGCGUAGGGGGGGAGGGGCUAGGUGGUAUUUGAAAAAACUCGGACACAUAUUGGCGCUAUUGGUUAUGCUAUUUCUAGUCUUGUCUAAUACCUUAAUCAUUCUUCCACCUAAUUAUAUAUACACACAAACUGCUCAUUCCGUCUCACUACCGUGCAUGUAUCAGCACGUGUACAUAAAUGCUACGUCGACAUCAUCUACUAAAUUAAGCCAUAGUAGUAUUAAAUACGUGGAC